CUUUUUCACGAAAUAUCUGCCGAAAAAAACAAAUCCAGAAAAAUUAAUCUCCACAAGAUGAGCAAUCUCCGUUUGUGCUUAUUCAAUCUUUCAAAUCCCACUUGGAUCUUCUCUUUGCUUUCUCGGUUUUCUAUUUAAUUAGCAGCUUGCAGUUCUCGUGAGGAAACGACUUUCAUAGUAGCUUUCGGUUCGAUUAAAGGUGUCUAAAACUUUUUACUCCUUCAAUUGUGUGUACUGUUUGGUUGCCCAGAAAAGUUCUUCGAAAAGGAAUGCCUGUCUUUUUUCUUUCUGGGUUUUUCAUUUUCCAAAUGUCUGUACUGUUUUAUUAGGAAUCCUCACGCUCGCACCAACUCAAAUAAGAAACAUGGUUUCUUCCUUCCUUCCGUAGAAUUCAUUUACUUGCUAAGAGAAAAUUAACCAGGUUGAAUCUAGGAUUAUGUAUUCAUUUUCAUUUCGCACAUUUGCAUUUGUCGGCACUAACGAAUUUACACCAGUAUUUUCCUAGAUUCUGAGAAAUCUCAUCUGGGUCGGUUCCUUUUUUUUUCUUCUCUCGAAGAAAUGGUGAAUCUGGGAUCGAUUUCAGGCGCUGGUAAAUCCAUGAAGCCCAUUCACGUGAGCUUCAGAUUACCAUACAACACUCACUGGGGUCAGAGCUUGCUGGUCUGCGGCUCUGAACCGGUGCUGGGUUCGUGGGAUGCGAAGAAGGGGUUACUGCUGAGUCCUGUUCAUGAAGGUGGUGAGCUUAUAUGGAGGGGCACCAUUACUGUGCGGAGUGGGUUCUGUUGCGAGUAUAGUUAUUAUGUGGUCGACGGUGAGAAGAAGAUACUCAGAUGGGAGAUGGGGAAGAAGCGUAAACUGGUAUUGCCUGAUUUGAUCAAAGAUGGAGAGCAUGUGCAGCUAUAUGAUCUUUGGCAGACUGGAGAUGAUUCUCUCCCUUUCAGAAGUGCCUUCAAAGAUGUCAUCUUCAACAGGAGUUGGACUUUGGAAGUUGAGAAACCCUUAGGUGUCAUUCAGAAUAAGUUGGAUCAAGAAGAUUCAAUCCUUGUCCAGUUCAAAAUUUGCUGCCCAAAUAUUGAUGAAAACACAUCAGUUUAUGUGAUAGGUAGCACAACAAAAUUAGGGAAAUGGAAAGUUCAAGAUGGACUUAAACUUGGCUAUGCCGGUGGAUCAAUCUGGGAAGCCGAUUGUGUGUUUCCAAGAGCUGAUUUUCCAUUAAAAUAUAAAUACUGUAAAUAUGGAAAAACAGGAAAAUUUUCUUUGGAAACUGGAUCCUACAGAAACCUCGCAAUUGAUUCCUCUAGUAUUCAACUGGGGUACAUCUUUGUUUCAGAUGGCAUGUUGCGAGAAAUGCCUUGGCGUGGUGCUGGUGUUGCAAUCCCCAUGUUCUCUGUCAGGGCAGAAGCUGACCUUGGUGUAGGAGAGUUUCUUGACUUGAAAUUACUUGUUGACUGGGCUGUGGAUUCUGGGUUUCAUUUAGUUCAGCUUCUACCUAUCAAUGAUACAUCUGUGCAUGGAAUGUGGUGGGAUUCAUAUCCUUACAGCUCACUUUCCGUAUUUGCAUUGCACCCAUUAUAUCUGAGAGUCAAGCUCUUUCAGAUAUAUGCCAGAUGUUAUCAACAAGAGAUUCAGAAAGCUCAGGACAGUCUGGAUGGCAAGGAUGUUGAUUAUGAGGCUACCAUGGCUGCUAAGCUUUCAAUUGCCAAGAAAGUUUUUGCCUUGGAGAAGGAUAUGAUAAUGAACUCCAGCUCCUUCCAGAAAUUCUUCUCUGAGAAUGAGGAAUGGUUAAAACCCUAUGCAGCCUUCUGCUUUCUGCGGGACUUCUUUGAAACGUCUGAUCACAGUCAAUGGGGUCGCUUCUCUCAUUACUCGAAAGAUAAGCUUGAGAAAAUUGUCUCCAGAGACAGCUUGCACUAUGACAUAAUUUGUUUCCAUUACUACAUCCAAUAUCAUCUACAUUUGCAAUUGUCAGAAGCUGCUGAAUAUGCAAGAAAGAAAGGGGUGAUAUUAAAAGGAGAUCUACCUAUUGGCGUUGACAGAAAUAGUGUGGAUACCUGGGUUUAUCCGAAUUUAUUUCGCAUGAACACAUCCACUGGAGCACCUCCUGAUUAUUUUGAUAAGAAUGGUCAGAAUUGGGGAUUUCCUACUUAUAAUUGGGAGGAAAUGUCAAAAGAUAAUUAUGCUUGGUGGCGUGCUCGUUUAACACAGAUGGCAAAAUAUUUUACAGCUUAUAGGAUUGAUCAUAUAUUAGGAUUCUUCAGGAUCUGGGAACUUCCAGAGCAUGCUAUGACUGGUUUAGUUGGAAAAUUUCGACCAUCUAUUCCACUAAGUCAGGAAGAACUUGAAAGAGAGGGAAUAUGGGACUUUAAUCGCUUGAGCCGCCCGUACAUUAGACGGGAGUUCUUACAGGACAAUUUUGGACCUUCUUGGGCUUUUAUUGUCUCUGUGUUUCUGAAUGAAUAUCAGAAGGACUGUUUUGAGUUCAAGGAGGACUUCAACACAGAGAAAAAAAUUGCAGCGAAGCUGAAGUCAUUUGACGCGAAGUCAUUGUUGGAUGAUGAAGGGAAAAUACGUCGUAAUCUUUUUGAUCUUUUACAGAAUAUUGUUCUGAUUAAAGAUCCUGAGGAUGCAAGGAAAUUUUAUCCCCGUUUCAAUCUUGAAGAUACUUCAAGCUUCAAGGAUUUGGAUGAUCACAGUAAAAAUGUGCUGAGAAGAUUCUAUUAUGACUACUAUUUCCAUCGACAAGAAGAUUUAUGGCGAAAAAAUGCUCUGAGGACCCUUCCUGUGUUACUAAACUCCUCAGAUAUGCUAGCCUGCGGUGAAGAUUUAGGCCUUAUACCCUCUUGUGUUCAUCCUGUAAUGCAAGAAUUGGGGUUAAUAGGCUUGCGAAUUCAACGCAUGCCCAGUGAACCUGAUCUGGAGUUUGGCAUUCCCUCUCAGUACGAUUAUAUGACUGUCUGUGCCCCCUCAUGCCAUGACUGUUCCACCCUGCGUGCUUGGUGGGAAGAAGAUGAAGAAAGAAGACAAAGAUUUUUCAAGAGUGUGGGCUGUAAUGAUCUGCCACCCAGUCGUUGUGUUCCAGAUAUUGCACAUUUCAUAUUAAGGCAACAUGUGGAAGCUCCAUCAAUGUGGGCAAUUUUCCCUAUGCAGGAUUUGUUAGCAUUGAAAGAAGAAUAUAUGACACGACCUGCAGCAGAGGAGACGAUCAAUGAUCCUACCAAUCCAAAGCACUAUUGGAGAUAUCGUAUGUAGUAAUGUGUUACUUUUGUAUGCUCAUGUAGAGUGUAU